AUGGAGAACCAGAGGGGGGUGCUCCUGGGAUACAUCCACUGGGAAGGAGACGAGGAAGGGGAUGAGGAGGAUGAGGUGGCUCCUGGUGCUUCUCCUUCCAGAGGAAUGAGCAGGCUGGAGGAUGUGCAGGUGGAGGUGCUGGAGAAGGCGAGGGAGCUCUUCCAGCUCUGUGACAAGGACGAGAAGGGCUUUAUCACCAAGGUGGACAUGCAGCGGCUGCAGAGUGAACUCCCCCUCACCCUGGAGCAGCUGGAGGCUGUUUUUGACAGCCUGGAGCAGAACAAUAACGGAUACCUGACGCCUGUGGAGUUCAGCAUGGGACUAGAAAAGUUGGUGGGGAUUGAGUUGUGCCAGGGGGCUGGGAGGAUGGAGCGCCCCGGGCACGAGGAGACCUUCGAGUCAGGCUGGUCAGAGGAGCUGGACCCGGCAGAUGAUGAUGAAGAGAAGCGGUUCUGCUCCAUGCUGGAGCAGCUCGGAGCAGCCCAGAUGUUUGAAGACCCCCGGGAGGUUCGGGAGCUGUGGGCUCGGCUGAGGAGGGAGCGUCCAGAGCUCCUGCCCAGCUUUGAGGAGCUGCUGCUGCGCGUCUCGGCGUACGUCAGGGAGGUGACCCACGAGAAGGAGUCCAUGGAGCAGGCGCUGAGGCGGAAGGAGACAGACCACGACCGAGAAGUCCGGUGCCUUUACGAGGAAAUGGAGCAGCAGAUCAAGGCAGAAAGGGAGAGGCUGAUCUGCCAGGAAGCCCUGAGACAUGACAGGAGCAACCUGCUCCAGAAGGAGCUGUGCAGCAAAGAGCAGGAGCUGGAGAAAAUCCUCCACCGGCAGAGGAAGCUGGAACAGCAGCUGCAGUCGCUGAACUCGGAGCAGCUGGAGACCCGUGUGCAGAACCAAAGGCUCCGGCACCUCAACGAGAACCUGCUGGAGGAGCUGGAGAAAAGCAGAUGGGAGCUGGAGGCUGUGAAGGGGCAACUGCAGAAGCUCCAGAAGGAAGCUCAGCUUGAGCAAGAGCAGAAGGACAGGGAUGUGUUCAGAGUCUCCAAGAACAUGCAGAAAGAGAAGCAAAGCCUCCUUCGGCAGCUGGAGCUCCUCAGAGAGAUGAACAGGAAACUUCGAGACGAGCGAGACGCUUUUGAGGCCAAGAAGCUGGCGCCUCAGGGCACAGAGCCCCUGCUGGAGGACGGGUCAGUGCUAGGCAGUCCCCUGCUGGAGGAGGAGCCGCUCAGACGACAGCUGGCCCCUGUGGACCUUCGUGUCAUCGUCCCCGUGGAGGGACAGGCACUGCCAGCGGACGGCGAGAGGUUCAGGAUGACUUCACAGGGUGCUGCUGGCUGCAGAAGAAGUGCAGAUGGACUAGAUGAUGCUCCCUUGCCUCCCAGAGCACAGCCUGUUGGCACCGAAACCAGGCUCCAGGCCCUGGGAGCAGCCAGCUCUUGCCCAGAGCACCUCUUCAGAGUGGUGUUUGUGGGCAGCUCGGGCGUUGGGAAGAGCUCCUUCAUCCACCGCUUCUGCUCGGGCAGGUUCUGGGCUCAGCUCAGUGCAACCAUCGGUAUUGACUACCAGGUGAAGACUCUGAUGGUGGAUAACACCCAGGUUGCCCUGCAGCUGUGGGACACAGCUGGACAAGAAAGGUUCCGGAGCGUGUCCAGGCAGUACCUGCGGCGGGCACACGGCGUGCUGCUCAUGUACGACAUCACGGCCCGGGGCUCCUUCACCGCCCUGCGGGGCUGGAUGAGCAGCGUCCAG